AUGAAAAGCCUCCGCCGGCAUCCUCGUGGGUUCCCCUCCUUCGCCGUUUUCGAGCGACCCAUUAUUGAAGGUGGCUUAGGUUUUAAGGAUUUUCAGCAUCUCAGUGUCAUUAAUCUUUGUAAACUCUGGAUAAAUUUUAGAGCCCAAGAUAUUCUUUGGGCUUUGUUUAUGAAGGGGAAAUACUGCAGGACUGUACAGCCUAACUUGGCUGAGAAGAAAGUUGGGGAUUCCAGGCUGUGGACUAAACUUUUGGAGGUGAGGCAUCAAGCUGAGGAUCUGUUUGUUUGGGAACUUGGAGAAGGACAAAUUAAUUUCUGGCUAGAUAAAUGGAUUUGGAAUGGGGAAAGAAUUGACACCUCCAAUCCAAACUUUGGAACUAAAGUGAAGGAAUUCUGGACUGAAAAUCAACGGAAUUGCAAUUUGCUGGAAACCAUCUUAACUGAAGAGCAAAUGUAUUGGGUGAAGAAAACUAAAAUCAAUCCUGGAGAAAAAGAUAGAAUCGUCACUAAACAGGCUCCCUCACAAAAACUUUCAGCUUACAUUUUCCAGCAAUUGUAUCAUUGGCAACAUGUUAUGUGGGGGAAAUUUAUUUGGGGGAAGUGGUUGACACCUUCAAUGUCCUUUUCUUGUUGGACGCUAUGGAAAUCCUUCCUACCUUGUGAUGAUAUUUUGAAAUUGAAAGGGCUUAGGGGCCCCUCUUGCUGCUGGCUGUGUAGUAAGGAUGAAGAAAGUCUGGAACAUUUAUACUCUCCUGUAGUUUCUCCCAAAGGGUUUGGUCUGGUCUGUUCAAUCAGCUCAGCAUUGAUACUCUUAAAAAAUCAUGUUAAGUAUGAAAAUAUGAAAUGUUUGGAUAAGGCACUGGUUUUAAAUUGUACUUUCUAUCCUCACAAGAUUAUAUUGCAUCAGAAGUUUCCCAAUAAUUUUCAGAUUUGGAUGCCAAGUGGUAUUGAUAUGAAGAUAAGCAAUCCUACUUUGGUCCUUUGGACCCCCCCACUUAAGGGAUGGCUGAAGGCUAAUACUGAUGGAAGUUUCUCUAAGGAGGCUGCUGGUGUGGGAGGAGUUAUUAGGAACUAUCAAGGAAAGUGCAUUUUUUACUAUUCAUCUCCUGCUUGGGCUAAUGAUGCACUUGAAACUGAAAUGAUAACCAUCUUCUGGGCUAUCUACCUUUCCAAGCAAUGUAACAUCUAUAAAUUGGUGAUAGAAUCUGAUUCCAGUAGCUUCAUCCGAAUUCUAAAAAAUGUUGAAGCUGCUCCAUGGAACCUUGUUUGGUGGCACAAUAAUAUUAAAAGCUUGUUGAUUAAGGUUGAUGUGCAUUUCCAACACAUUCAUAGAGAAGGAAACACUCCAGCACACAGUUUGGUAGUCAGGGGGAAGGAAAUUGAAGAGAUUGUUGUAGGGACUAUACCUCCUAAUCAUUUGCAAGUAAAGGAAAGUACUCAACCUGGAAGUUAUAAUAUUACAGAAAUG